GGCGGGUUCAAAUAGGAGUGGGAGCCAUCUUGAACGGUUGGUUGACAAGAAGACUGUUUCGUAGUCAGCUAAAAAAAAAAAACACACACACACAGAGUACAGCUCACAAACACCGCACAGGGACCCGGUUAAUCCAGGUAUUCAAGGGUUGGAUAAAGCUGAAUGGAGGACGCAGUUGUGGCUGUUUAAGCCAGAUGACAAUGGCAGAAAACAUCCAUGCUAAGCCCUGAUUCACUACAAACCAUGCUCAUGAGUUUUCUGAUCUGGAGAAAGAGGGUCAACAUUUCUCGUUGAAGGAACCUGCUGAGACAAAAUUUGAACAAUUUAACAUUUGGAUAAUUAUUUGAAGUCUCAGAGAAAGAGUGAGGGGGGAAAAGGACAGAUCUUAAGUUCAGAGUGGUCCCCGGUGGAGUGGACGCACUUUAAAAAAAAACAGAGACUCAUAAAAGAGGUUUCAUUGCAGAAACUACAAGCUGUGUAAACAUGAGUACGGCCAGGACGGAGAACCCGGUGAUUUUGGGCUUGUCCAACCAGAAUGGACAGCUCAGGGGCUCGGUGAAGCCGGCAGGAGCACCAGGUGGAGGAGGAGGUGGCGGAGGAGGAGGAGGAGGCCCUCAACAACAGCAACUUAACCAGAUGAAAGGCGCAAUCAAUAAUGGCAGUUCCCAGCCGGCCCCGACGACUAACGCCGUCAUCAAACCUGGAGAUGACUGGAAGAAAAAUUUGAAAUUGCCCCCAAAAGACAUGAGGAUGAAAACUUCGGAUGUGACUGCAACUAAAGGCAACGAGUUUGAAGAUUAUUGCCUAAAGAGGGAGCUGCUCAUGGGAAUCUUUGAGAUGGGCUGGGAAAAGCCAUCUCCAAUCCAGGAGGAAAGCAUUCCCAUUGCACUGUCAGGAAGGGACAUCUUGGCAAGAGCCAAGAACGGCACGGGAAAGAGUGGAGCCUACCUCAUUCCCUUACUUGAACGCAUUGACCUGAAGAAGGACUGCAUACAAGCUUUGGUCAUAGUGCCCACCAGAGAACUGGCUCUGCAAGUAAGCCAAAUAUGUAUCCAGGUCAGCAAACACAUGGGCGGAGUGAAGGUGAUGGCAACCACGGGUGGAACCAACCUACGUGAUGACAUCAUGAGACUCGACGAAACGGUACAUGUGGUCAUCGCUACUCCUGGGAGGAUUUUAGACCUCAUUAAAAAAGGAGUGGCCAAAGUCAAUCAAGUGCAGAUGAUUGUUCUGGAUGAAGCUGACAAACUCCUGUCUCAGGAUUUUGUGGUCAUGAUGGAGGAGAUUCUGGGUUUUCUGGCCAAACAGAGGCAGAUUCUGCUCUAUUCUGCAACCUUCCCUCUCAGUGUGCAGAAGUUUAUGAAUGCACACUUGCAGAAACCCUAUGAGAUCAACCUGAUGGAGGAGCUUACGCUGAAGGGUGUGACUCAGUAUUAUGCUUAUGUAACUGAAAGGCAAAAGGUUCAUUGCCUUAACACCUUGUUCUCCAGGCUCCAGAUCAACCAGUCUAUAAUCUUCUGCAACUCCUCUCAGAGAGUGGAGCUCCUUGCCAAGAAGAUCUCCCAGCUCGGUUAUUCAUGUUUCUACAUUCAUGCCAAGAUGAGACAGGAACAUCGUAACCGCGUGUUCCACGACUUCAGAAACGGCCUCUGCAGGAAUCUCGUCUGCACUGACCUCUUCACAAGAGGAAUUGACAUUCAAGCUGUGAAUGUUGUGAUCAAUUUUGACUUUCCCAAGCUGGGAGAAACGUACCUGCAUCGCAUUGGAAGAUCUGGCCGCUUCGGACACUUGGGUCUAGCCAUCAACCUCAUCACUUACGAUGAUCGCUUCAACCUGAAAGGGAUUGAGGAGCAGCUUGGAACAGAGAUCAAACCCAUCCCUGGCAUCAUUGACAAGAGCCUAUAUGUGGCAGAGUACCACAGUGAGAGUGGUGAAGAAGUCAAGCCAUGAGCCAAUCAGUCCAUCCUCCAUUCCCCUUUGUACCUUUUCACCCCCCCCUCUUGGAGUUCGUUUUUUUUAUUUUUUUUUUUUUAUGUACAGUUUCUGUCUGUCUUCCUUUUUUGGAUGCCACCAUAAGGAUUGUGUAUUUUGAUGGACGCGUUUCGGAAGAACUCAUUCGCCCUUUUAUUGGGGCUCUGUGCUGCACCACCACACCCUGAAGACGUAAGCACCGGGAGGAAAGCAUGGGACCAAGUUUGAGGAAAAAUAUAUAGAUAUAUAUCAAUGCACAUCGCGACGAUUCAUAUCCACCAAUGACGCAGAGCCAGCACCAACAGACCGCUACGUGACACCCUCCAUUCUCCACGUUUUAUUUUGGAAGUUUUAACCAAUUUGUAUCAAGUGCCUUAACAAGCAGUUCAACUCGUUCUAAAGUAAUAACCCUUCAUUAUCAGCCAUCGUGCUCACUUCAUACAACACACACAUGCACACACACACACUCUCACGUACACCUAAUUGAAAAUUUGUCACACUAAUUUAAUGUCCGAUCACGUGGGGUGAAUUCAUAACUGUUUUCUGUUUUGGUCAUCUGUUUGCAAGGAAUGGAGAUGAAUAGGAGGGGAGGCCGGUCUCAAUGAUCUUUUUGCUGGCUCAGCUGCACUUCUGUCUGGCUGACCCAUGAGGACAAAACUUGGAUUUUUCCAUGGACAGAGAUGCUGGAUGUUUUCCAAGAGACAGCCAGACUGUCCAGUUGCUUGUGAAAAGAAAGAAAGAAAGAAAAGACCCAGACCCUUUCCUCUGUCUUCAGCAUCAAAACACUAAAAACGAAUAAGCAGCCUCUCAACACCAUGAGUCAUGAGGAUUCCUGUUUCGGUGGAGUUUAAUUGUAGGGAUCGCUUCUUUUUUUUUUUUUUUUCUUAUGUCCUGUGUUUCACUUUCCUAUGGAUGGCCAUAAUUAAUUCUGCGAGACGUGCAGCCGACAUGCGGGCUGCACCUUUACACCUUGUGUAUAUACCUUCAUUUUAAGAUUGUUUUAGACAAGUUCAAAAGGCUGGCUGACAAACUGAAAAGCUCCCCCCCUCUCCCUCCCCUCUUUUCUCUUUAGUUAGCACUGGAGACUGUUUUUCCUUAAUUGCCAGUUUGUUUAAUCUGCAAUAUUGGCCUGUGAAUUUAUUUAUAAUUUUAGAAGAAUUGCAGAAUUUAUUAGAAUCUAAAACAUUUAAAUGACCUUGUGCAUGAGAUGUUUCUUUUUUUUGGAGGCUUUGGAGUUUUCACAUCACUGAUAAUCUUUUUAGCCCCUCCAAAUUUGAUGGCGAGUGCAAUUCUCCGAAGCCGCACUUAAAGUGAGCUACUUUAAAUUGUUGCCCGUGUUCUCCUGCUACCAGUGUUAACAAGUGUUCAGUCCUGACAGACUUUGUUAAGCUUGUGCAUUUGAGUAAUUAAUUCUUUGUUGUCACCAGCCUUAACUUGUGAAACUGACUCUUGAGACACUCUCUGAGAUCUCCCGUUACAGUGAGUGUUGUUAUUGGAAGAGAAAAUAAUAUUCUAUCAUGUAGUAGUACUACUCGCUGCAGUGCAGCUGAAAUUGGCAGAGAAUUUGUUUUCUGGGGGAGGUAUUAGCUGUUACGUUGUUGGCCUUUAAGCACAGCUACAUUAUUUCACAAAUGUUGAGGAGGAAACUGUGGAUUUAUGCCCCCCCUCCCCUUUUAUUUUUUUUUUUGAAGAAUGUCGCCCAAAUGCAUCAAAAAUGAACCAUCUGAUAUAAAAUGUAGCAGGAAUUCAUCCUCUGUGCGUUGCAAAGUUAGCCGGCUUUAUUUAAAAAAGAAAAGAAAAGGAAAAAAGCGGCUAACGCGAUAAGAGACGCCUCACUAAAAGGAAAAAAAACAACCUGAGCAGGUUGGGCUGCACUUAAAAAAAA